GAGGAGGAGGAGGAAGAGCCCGAGGAGGCGAUGGAGGCGGCGGCCGGGCUGCUGGAGCCCUUCGGGGCGGCGGCGGGAGGAGGCGUGGGGGGCUUCGCCCUGCUGGAGCCCGACGGCAGCCCCCCGGCCGAGCUCUUCGCCGCCUUCCCGGGCUCGCUGCUGGGCGGCGGCCCGCACCCGGCCCAGCCCCACCUCCUGGCCGGCCCGCUGGGCAUCAUCGGGAGCCGCAAGAAGAGUGUCAACAUGACCGAGUGCGUGACGGUGCCCAGCUCGGAGCACGUGGCCGAGAUCGUGGGCAGGCAAGGGUGCAAGAUCAAAGCUUUGAGAGCCAAAACCAACACCUACAUAAAGACACCGGUGAGAGGGGAGGAGCCCGUCUUCAUUGUGACGGGGCGGAAAGAGGAUGUGGAGAUGGCCAAGCGGGAGAUCCUCUCGGCCGCCGAGCACUUCUCGAUGAUCCGAGCCACUCGCAACAAAGUCAACGGGGUCCCGGGUGCAGUCUUAGGUCCCCCCAACCUCCCCGGCCAGACGACGAUCCAAGUGCGGGUGCCUUACCGUGUGGUCGGCUUGGUGGUGGGUCCCAAGGGGGCCACCAUCAAGCGGAUCCAGCAGCAGACCCACACGUACAUCGUGACCCCGAGUCGAGAAAAAGAGCCCGUCUUCGAGGUCACCGGCAUGCCCGAGAACGUCGACCGGGCUCGGGAGGAAAUCGAAGCCCACAUCACCAUGAGGACCGGCUCCUUUAUCGACAUCAGCAGCGACAACGACUUCCACACCAACGGCACGGACGUCUGCCUGGAUCUGCUGGGCGGCGGCGGCCCCUCCAGCCUGUGGGCCAAAGCCCCCAACCCCGCCCGGCGGUCCCUGCCCAGCGUGCGGAGUGACAACCUUGGUUCCUUGGGUAACGCUACCUCCAUGACAGAGCCUUACUUUGGCGGCCCCCCAGCCGCCAGGCCCUCCGGCGGCCCCUUUGGCGCCGGCAGCAGCAGCUUCUCGUUCAGCGAACCCCCAGCUCCUUUGCUCGGCACAGACGAUACCGAUUUCGGGUUCGACUUCCUGCCCCUGGACGUCACCACGCCGACCACCAUCUGGUCUCCCUUUGAGCCCCCCGGCAACCCGCUUCCAGCCUUUGGCUGCUCCUCCUCCCUGAACGGCAACUCCCAGAGACGCAACAGCAGCCUCAGUAGCACGGCCACACCCCGACACUCUCCGACCCUCCCUGAGACCGGCAUGCCCCUGGAACAUCCUCUGGCCCGGCGCAUCCAGAGCGACCCAGUCAGCACCCUCUCGUGGCUGCCAACCCAGGGCUCUCUUUCCUCGUUCUCCGACAGCACCGGCUAUUCCUCGUCGUCCUCCUUACCCGGCAGCGUUUCCGCCACCUCGGGCUCCCCCACGGAUUCCAGCAGCUCCGACGGGCCUCGCAAGACCUCCCGGGAGUGCAUGGUGUGUUUCGAGAGCGAGGUCAUCGCCGCCUUGGUGCCCUGCGGCCACAACCUCUUCUGUAUGGAGUGCGCGAUGCGUAUCUGCGGCAAACCCGAACCCGAAUGUCCCGCCUGCCACACGCCCGCCACUCAAGCCAUCCACAUUUUUUCGUAGGAGACUUCCUCCAGGGGCCCCCCCUUCUGUCUCCCCGCCAAAAACAAACAAACAACACGGCUUUUUUGAACUUCAAACUGUUUAAAACAACUUUUUUUACAAUUUAGGGGGAAAUGGAGGUGGGCCGGUAGCGGGGAGAUGAAAGAAAUGCGUCUAAUUUGUGUUGGGGGGGGGCACGCGAAAUGGAAGAAUGGGCGUGG